AAGACGAGUUGGGGAGUCCCGGGGAAGUCGAUACUACCUCUUCCCGGUCAGGUCGGCUCCCUGUCCCCACCAUUCGCCACUCGCGUCUCCUUAAGCGUUUGCAUGCGCUCUCUCGCGUGGGCAGGCCGGGGUGACCAUGUAGCGGGAAAGCCUGAGGAAGCACGGGUGCCUGGAACGAGCUUAGCGCUGACGGCACGCCGCUCCGGCGUCCCCCGCAUCCCCCGCCGCGGCCUGCGGGGUCCUGCUGGGCACCCCGGCCUCUCGAGGAGGCCUGGCCCCGAGCACCGCCAAGUCUCGCCGCGUCUCGCGAGAGUCCAAGUUGAGAACAUGGCGACGUCUAAUCUGUUAAAGAAUAAAGGUUCUCUCCAGUUUGAAGACAAAUGGGAUUUCAUGCGUCCAAUUGUUUUGAAGCUUUUACGCCAGGAAUCUGUAACAAAACAGCAGUGGUUUGAUCUGUUUUCGGAUGUACAUGCUGUCUGUCUCUGGGAUGAUAAAGGCUCAUCAAAAAUUCAUCAGGCUUUAAAAGAAGAUAUCCUUGAGUUUAUUAAGCAAGCACAGGCACGUGUACUGAGCCAUCAAGAUGACACAGCUUUGCUAAAGGCAUAUAUUGUUGAAUGGCGAAAAUUUUUCACACAGUGUGAUAUUUUACCAAAACCUUUUUGUCAACUAGAGGUGACUUUAUUGGGUAAACAAAGCAGCAAUAAAAAAUCAAAUAUGGAAGACAGUAUUGUUCGAAAGCUCAUGCUUGAUACGUGGAAUGAGUCGAUUUUUUCAAAUAUAAAGAACAGACUCCAGGAUAGUGCAAUGAAGCUGGUGCAUGCUGAGAGAUUAGGGGAAGCGUUUGAUUCCCAGCUGGUCAUAGGAGUGCGAGAGUCCUAUGUUAAUCUUUGUUCUAAUCCUGAGGACAAGCUUCAGAUAUAUAGGGAUAAUUUUGAGAAGGCAUACUUGGACUCAACAGAGAGAUUUUACAGGACACAGGCACCCUCAUAUUUACAGCAAAAUGGUGUGCAGAAUUACAUGAAAUAUGCAGAUGCUAAAUUAAAAGAAGAAGAAAAAAGAGCACUCCGAUACUUAGAAACAAGACGAGAAUGUAACUCUGUUGAAGCACUCAUGGAAUGCUGUGUGAAUGCGCUGGUGACCUCAUUUAAAGAGACUAUUUUAGCAGAAUGCCAAGGAAUGAUCAAGCGAAAUGAAACUGAAAAGUUACAUUUGAUGUUUUCAUUGAUGGACAAAGUUCCUAAUGGGAUAGAGCCAAUGUUGAAGGACUUGGAGGAGCACAUCAUAAGUGCUGGCCUAGCAGACAUGGUGGCAGCUGCUGAAACCAUCACCACUGACUCUGAGAAGUAUGUGGAGCAGUUGCUUACGCUGUUUAAUAGAUUCAGUAAACUGGUCAAAGAAGCUUUUCAGGAUGACCCUCGUUUCCUUACCGCAAGAGAUAAGGCAUAUAAAGCAGUUGUUAAUGAUGCUACUAUAUUUAAACUUGAAUUGCCUUUGAAGCAAAAAGGAGUGGGGUUGAAAACUCAGCCUGAGUCAAAAUGCCCUGAGUUGCUUGCCAAUUACUGUGACAUGUUGUUAAGGAAAACACCAUUAAGCAAAAAACUAACAUCUGAGGAGAUUGAAGCAAAGCUUAAAGAAGUGGUAAGUAUAUUAAAAAAUGUACUUAAAUUAAAAAAUUUCAUUUCUUUAUCAGUAAGUAUUUUCUGUAAUUAUGUCAACAAGCUUGCUAGAAUGUUUCAGGACAUAAAAGUAUCUGAAGACUUGAACCAAGCUUUUAAGGAAAUGCACAAAAAUAAUAAGUUGGCAUUACCAGCUGAUUCAGUUAAUAUAAAGAUUUUGAAUGCUGGUGCUUGGUCUAGAAGCUCUGAGAAAGUCUUUGUCUCACUUCCUACUGAACUGGAGGAUUUGAUACCUGAAGUAGAAGAAUUUUACAAAAAAAAUCAUAGUGGUAGAAAAUUACAUUGGCACCAUCUCAUGUCAAAUGGAAUUAUAACGUUUAAAAAUGAAGUAGGCCAGUAUGACUUGGAAGUAACCACGUUUCAGUUGGCUGUGUUGUUUGCAUGGAACCAAAGGCCUAGAGAAAAAAUCAGCUUUGAAAACCUAAAACUUGCAACGGAACUCCCUGAUGCUGAACUUAGAAGGACUUUAUGGUCUUUAGUAGCUUUUCCCAAGCUCAAACGACAAGUUUUGUUGUAUGACCCUCAAGUCAACUCACCCAAAGAUUUUACAGAAGGCACUCUCUUCUCAGUGAACCAGGACUUCAGUUUAAUAAAAAAUGCAAAAGUACAGAAAAGGGGAAAAAUCAACUUGAUCGGACGCUUGCAGCUCACUACAGAACGAAUGAGAGAAGAAGAAAAUGAAGGGAUAGUUCAACUAAGAAUAUUAAGAACCCAGGAAGCCAUCAUACAAAUAAUGAAAAUGAGAAAGAAAAUUAGCAAUGCUCAGCUACAGACUGAAUUAGUAGAAAUUUUGAAAAACAUGUUCUUACCACAGAAGAAAAUGAUAAAAGAGCAAAUCGAAUGGCUGAUUGAACACAAGUACAUCAGGAGGGAUGAGGCGGACAUCAACACUUUCAUGUACAUGGCGUAGCCGAGCUCCAGCCUGCCACAGCCACACAUCUGGAGACCUGGGCAGAGAUUGUCCCAGUCUGAGCUGGAGGAAGGUUUAUUUGGACUUUGAUUACAUAAAUAUUAAACUCUGCCUUACCUUACAAAACGACUAUAUUUUGCCAGUCACAUUAGUUAGCAUGAUGGCAUUUCCUUCAUGUUGCACACUCUUUUAACAGCAUGCUGUUUUGUGGAGAAAAUUGCAUUCAUGAAGAGCCAGCCCAUUAUGAACUUUCAAUGUCAACUCAAUUUUUACCCACCUAGAGAAAUAACAUUUUGGAAGGGUGAGAGUGGGGUUCUUUUUGCUUCUUUUAUCCUUUUUUCCUCUUCAAAGGAAUAUACUUGCACAAGGAAGGAUUUUCAGAUAUUCAUGCACUGAGAAAUGCUGGGUUUUUUUGUUUGGUUUUGUUUUUUGUUUUUUUUUUUUUUAAUUAAUGCUAGAGGUAGCACUCAGCUUCUUUUGAUGCAAAGAGUGAAUUGUCAACACUGUGUUGGGCAAGGGCAGGCGCACUUGAGAAGACAUGUGUGCCAGUGUCAAGUUGUUUGUCAAACACUGCUUUCACUUUAGUGACUGAAUCUCAAUGGUAACCUGAAAAUGGUAUUAAAUAUUUCUACCUUACAAAUCCUGAUUUUCAUUGAGCAGGAGAGUGCUGUUUAGUUAUUUAUUGUUAAAUGAUAAUCUUUAGAUUUGGGAUUUUCUUUUUAAACCUUAUAUGGCUGGAGAGCUUGUUUUGAAAACAUGAAGUUUAUAAUGAAUGUUGCUUCAGUUAAAAAAUUUAUGGAUAUAGGUACAUCAUUGAUUGCAGAAUCAGAAUCUUGAAGCAAACAUUAAGUGUGUUACUAAUACACUUAAUACUUAUACACUUAAUAUUUAUUAUACUGUACCUAAAUUUGUUGAAAACAAUGCAGAAAUAUUCUGAUACAGUACAGUGAGAGAAUUGCUUUCUUAACUUGUAGCAUAGAAUUACUUGGUGAUUGAAAGUGUUGUGAUUAGGGAUUUACCACCUCAGUUUUCUGGAAAGACAUUCUCUAUUUAAAAGUAAUAAUUACCUGCCACUUAACAGGAAGAAAGGUGAGAUUACGACCUGCAACCUGAAAAGCACUCAGAGUUGUUAGUCUUAACAUGAGCAGUAACCUUGCCAAAUAUGUACAUAUAUAUUUAUAUAUUUUAAAAAUAAACAUUUUUAAAAUGUUCAGAGGGCAACACCUACCUUGCUCCUCUCAGUAAUCCAGAGCGGUGACUCAGGACUUCAUAGAGCAGUGGAAAGUUAGAAAUUGAGGACUCAAGCAACUGAAGAGAAUUCUUCCCCAGCAGGAAAAAUGGCUCCCUGUGGAUUUUUACUCAUUGUGGUGCACGUUUCAAGUUUUCUUGCAAAUUUUAGAACUUUUGAUGUUAAGUAGUAUUUUGAAGUAUGAUUCUGAAGCAAGCAGAAAAUGGAAUGUUGAGAAGCAUAUGGUAUUAUUACAUCACCACAGUGGGCUGUGGGUCUGCCUGCUGCUGAGCAGCUGUCAGCUCCUGGCUGGAAAGAAGUAAAAUGUAAGUUAGAUGUUUAAGGUUUUGAUAAUUACAGUCAAGUGUUGGUUCUGAAACUCACAGGAAGUUGGAAGUGCAUGUGUGCUUACUGUCUGCCCUGCAGCUCUGAGGUGAUGGUAGAGCAGGUAUGAAGAGCAAACCCAGUGCUCGCUGCUCUACAAUGUGGAUGAUGGUACAUUCAGAAUUCAGAGGGAUAGUUUUAUAAUGACUGUGGCCCUUCUGUUCAGUAGCUUGGUGUUGGCAGAUUUUCCUGUCCCAAUACCAGAAUGCCAAAGGAGGAAACAAUCAAGGGAAAAAUUUUAGACCAUUUCUUAAUGUUUAAGAUUUGUCAUUUUAAACCAUAAUUUUUCUUAGAACAUCUUUGAAAUUUCUAAUCGCUUUGGUCAUUUAAGAAUGAGAGCUGUGAUGUUUUGAUUUAUAAAGGCAAACUUAAUGCAAAGUGGGUGACACUAAAUCCAUAGCGAAGUUUUUUAUUAAAUUUUUAUACAUUUUUUAAUAGUUAAUUAUGUCCUAAUUGUAUUUUGGGGGAUGAGCAACAGUAAAUACCACAGACUUAACAGUUUUCAUCCUUUUUUUAAAAUAUAUAUACAAAAGUGUAACCACUUUUUGGUGUUUAUCAAAACUAUUUAGUUGACAAGGUGCCUAUACCAUUGUUGAGAUUUUCUUUAGAUGUUUUAUGAAUAGAUUUGAUAAUUAAAAAAAAUCCUAAAACAGAUCUUAAGUAGGAGCUUUCUGAAGGUCCAGAACCACUGACAGUGUUCCCUAUCUGACCUCUCUUCUCCCUGCAGUCUUCAUAUUCUUGCUAUCUAAGCAGAGCCAAACAUGUCACAGGUGAGGGGAAGGAAAGCCCAGCUCCCACUCAACACCAGAAAGGCAUUUUUAAGUGAAGGUGUGGCAGGCUCAGAGAUUUGAGCACUUUUGUCUACCUAAGGUGGCACCAUCUAUAAAUGCUAACCUUUCGCCAUCUCAAGGCCAGAGUACAGAGACAGGGAACAGAUUCACCCAGUGGAAAGGGUAGACUCUUGGAUACACAGUUAGAGAAAUGUGAGGCCAUCAUCAUUUGAAUUUUAUAAGGAUCCUCAACUAAAUUCUGAAGUCUCCCAAUUUUUACAAUUAUUGGAGGAGAUCCCUGAGUUUACCAGCCUGUUCAUUGAAAGCUCUUACUCUUUGUGCAUAAAUAUUAAAGUCUCCAAAAAGGUGAAAUGUUAACCAUUCUUUUUUUUUUUUAACUCUUCAUUAAAUUGAAUAUGUUAUCAUUAGCUCUGCUCCAAGGGCAAAUUUUUCAAAUUGAAUCUGGGUGAAAUAUUUGCUAGUUUACAGAAAGAUUUGCUAUUAUAAACUCAAGCUGGCUCUUCUGUUUUUGUGUGAAUGACUGGGAUGCUGCCACAGUUUUCCCAAGGUCACAGUUCUGAGAGAAGCAUUGACAGAGUUCCUGUCAUCUACACUAUGUGUGGUCUGGAGUUCCUAAAGUGUAGUCUCUUGUCAUGACCUGUACAGUUUUGAAUGUGCACCACUACAUACUGAGAUGACACUGUACAGUUUUCCACGGUAGCAGUUUCUGUAUGCAGUAGGCUGAAAUAUUUUGAUGAACCGCUUAAUUUUUGGAUUUUAUUUUUUAAGUUGUAUAAUUUAUUUUCUUGCAAAAUAAAGGUGUAAUAUAAAACA